CCGGUUCAAGUCAGCAGAUGGAAUGUAUAAUAACAUUUAUUCGUAGCACGGAGAAAGUUUUUGUUACUUUUUUUUAUUAUUUCUUUUCUUUUUCUUUCAUUUUACAUUUGUAACAAUUAUGCUUUCAACUCAUGCUAAUAGAAAAUUACGACCAAGGCUACAAGUAGUGCCUACAAAAUAUUCACAAUCAACACCUACACACUUGUAUUCACCACAACAAAUGGAUUUUAUGGAAGAUCCACCUUAUUCACCCGCAGCAUCCACCACAUCCAUCAUAUCAUCCGUUUCUUGGGUAGCCGAAAAGUCCGCUUCAGAACUUGGUACCUUACUAAAGAAUGCAUACAAAUCACUACGUGAAAAAGAGAAGAAUUUAUUACUAGCGGCAGAAAUUGGAAAAUCGUUAUUGGAACACAACCAAAAUUUAAAGCGUGAUUACGACAAACUCAUUCAAAACGUGAGUGAGUGUAAAGCCAGAGGCGAUGAGAAUGACAAAAUACGAUCGAGUAGGAAAGCUUAUGAUGCAAUUAUCGAAUCACUGGAACAAAAGAAUGCAGAAAUACAAAGCAUGUUGGAUCAAACACAGCAACACUCCCAACUGACCCAACAACAAUAUGAACUCAAGCAACGUAAAUUAGAAUCCGAAAUUACAAAGUUGACAGCUGACCUCGAUAUUGCCGCCAGCAAAAUACAUGAAUUAGAAGAGCUGAGCGUACAAAAACGGCAAAUCAGGAAACACAUGGAUGAAAUGAGAGAUUUUGAAUUACAGCAGAAAUCCGAUGAUUUGGUCCUUAUGGAAGAAUUAACCACUAAAAUGCAAGAGUUAUUUACUGAAAAUAAACAAUUGCAAGCAUCCAAGAAAUCCGUAGAAGAAAAACUCAUAGUUUCUCUUCAUGAUUUGGAAAAAUUACGCUGCAACUUUGAGCAUUUCGAAUUAACACAACAAGGUUACUCUACCUUACAGGAGGCAUUUGAAAGACAAACUACACAUAUUCAGGAAUUAAACGAUAGUUUAGAAGAUCACCGACAGAUCUUAUCAAGGUUGCGUGAUAAAGGCCUUUUGCAUUCAAAUACAGCUAGUUUAUACAACGACGACGGAGACGACAGUAGACCAACGAUGGCCGGCAGUAGUAUGCAGAGUCUAAUGGGUGAAUUGGAGAAUGCAUUCUCUUCACGAAAGCAUACAAAUGGUUUAACAAAGAGUAGUUCCGAUAGUAACCUAUCGACUUUCACAAAAAUUUACGAUCUCGCAAGUAUGACUGAACAUAAACUCACCUCAUUUUAUAAAAGACCGGGUGACUGUAUAUUGGAAACACUCCUUAGCACGGUAGGCGUGAAUGACCGUCGCAUCUUGGAAGAAGCCGAAAAUCUAUUAGAAUCCGCAAGUGAUGAAUUAUUCGCACCCGAACAAGAUGGAAAUGACAUGUAUGCUGAACUCAACUUGUACCCAAAUAUAUUACCGACCAUCUCAAGCCAGCUUUUAAAACUAGACGAUGAUGAUUGUAUACAGCCUAAAGGUUUAUCAAAUCGUAUCUUGUUUCAAAUUCGCUAUCUGUUUCGUUCCAUCUUUCGUUGGUGUCGUUUUGCCAUUAUUUUGGUGACGGCCGUACUCAUUAACUUAUGGAAAGGGCCUGAUCUUAUAUUAGAAAAAUAACAACAGACCUUUUUUGUGUAUUAUAUGUAACAUUUAUUUACCUUCCAAAAAAAACCUUAUAUACACCUUAUCUUCACACGCAAAAAAACUAAAUGCGGUAUAUUCAUAUGAUAUUCUCCCUUCCCCCUCUUUUCUCCUUUUACCCAAAAGGACUGUACUAACACCACAACAACAACAAAAAAAACUCACCUUCUCUACCAUUAUUAAUUUUUAAUAAACUAAUAAUACAAUUUGUAUUCUAAAUGUAAACAAA